CUGCUAAGUGUAUUGUUAUGGAGACACUGCUGAGUGUAUUGUUAUGGAGACACUGCUGAGUGUAUUGUUAUGGAGACACUGCUAAGUGUAUUGUUAUGGAGACACUGCUGAGUGUAUUGUUAUGGAGACACUGCUGAGUGUAUUGUUAUGGAGACACUGCUGAGUGUAUUGUUAUGGAGACACUGCUAAGUGUAUUGUUAUGGAGACACUGCUGAGUGUAUUGUUAUGGAGACACUGCUGAGUGUAUUGUUAUGGAGACACUGCUGAGUGUAUUGUUAUGGAGACACUGCUGAGUGUAUUGUGAUAAUGUGUGUCACGGUGCCCCAGUACAGAGCCUCCUUCUAGAUAGGAAGUGUUGAGUUAGUUAUGAUAUAAAGUCCACCACAGGCUGACUGGAGCGUCAGCGAUACACUUGGACUUGUUCUUUGACAACACGCACAUUCAUGAGCCAUGGCUCUAUGAAGGAGUUCCGACAUCCAAUGAAAGAGGACACAAUGGACAAACUAUUCUUAUCAUCAAGCGUGGAGAACACUGACAACGUCUUCCCCUGAACUGCUACACGUCUUGAUGGAUUUCAGAGUCUCUACAAUUCUGUGGAUGUUUGCAGCACUGGUGGCACUGACGACCUUCCCUGCCAGCCAUGCCACUCUACAGAUGCCCCUGGGACUGGUGGAAACUCCCCUUGGAACAGAGACAGGAGGGGAGGUGAUGCCAGAGUCACUGUCGGAGGAGAACAACCCCAAUCCCCAAUCAGCAGGGGGCCAUGAAUCGGAGGAGCACAUCCUGAACAACCCCAACCCUCAGGUGGGCGGGGACCAGGAACACAACGAGCACAUCCUUAAUAACCCCAACCCUCAGGUGGGCGGGGACCAGGAACACAACGAGCACAUCCUUGACCAGCCUGUCGCUGGCAUCAGCAAUGUGGAGGAGACAGACACUGGCAUCCAUGGGGCUCCUCAGUUUGUGCAUGUGACCGACAUGCCACAGAUCGACCACCAGACUCUCAGUAUCCGACCACUGAAACCUACCACUCCGACAAGCCUCCUGGCACCCACCCCAACCAGGAACAUGUCAGAGUUGGGGAACAAUACUGACGGGACAUCUGCAGAUGUGAACAACACAACAAUGGGGAGAUCUAACAACAGUGAGGAAGUCUCACCCAGACCAACAUUCCCUGAGACAACAAACAAUAUUCUGCAUUCCUCGCAGUCAGAGUAUGUGUCCUCUGCUUAUUUAUCUUCACAUCUUGUACCUACAAGAGUGACAGUUGAUCAGAGUUCCACUAUAGGGGCCAAUCUGCCUGACAUUCUCAUUCCUCAACCAGAUUCCAAUCUAAAGCUGACCUCAAGGCCUAUAAUUGAUGAAACAGAAACCAUCAGUCCAGCACCUUCACAUGGACCAACUCUGCCCUCAAGUGAGCAUGUUAUAGUUGGUUCCAGGGUCAUACCAGAUAUCACCGUACUAGAAACCAUGUCUUCAAACAUUACUCUAACUCCUGUCACUGCAGGUGUUCAUCCAUCCCACGAUGUUUCUCUGAUAUCCUCAACAUCAGUCUCAGACGAAACAGGCACAAAAGACAUCAAACAAAAUAAACCACCAGACACAGCCACAUAUCCAUACACAGAUGGAGUCAGAUCAGUUAUUGAUGAACAGACGUUAUCCAUACAGGACAUAUCCCCAUCAUCUAGCAUCAGUAGUGGAGAGUCUAGUUCCGGUUCUCUGACCACUUCCUCCAUGCUGACCAACUCAACAGAGGAAACAACCACAUCUACUUCUACAUCAUCUACUCCUGGGACACCUGCUGAGCCUGUUGUGAUCACCCUACCUUCUGUAUCUCAUGAGAUUGUGAUACAGAAGAACUCAACCUUAUCUGUUGUUACAACCACCGCUGCUACCCCAGCUGCAACCACAGCAACAAACGUACACAACAUAGAGACACAAUCCACAACAACUGUGGCCAGAGUUUCCCAGAGCACAUCUUCCAAGAGGCCCACAACAAAGCUGAGCACGUCUUCCCCUCCUACAACACUGCUAGUCAGUUUGUUGAGGAGCGGGUCAACAUCCAGAGGGACCACGUCUUGGUCAUCUUCGGCAGCUCCCCACACCACCAGUUCGACAACUGUACCAGUUACUACUAUCAGAAUAUCCUCCACGACCAAGCACAAAGACAAGCCCCACCGUGGCGACUCUGACACCAACACAACAACCAGCAACAACAGCACGGAGAUGCCAGAGUCUACCACUGCUGAUGGCUCAAGUAGAUUCAGUAGGAAGAAGACGCAGGGACCCCAUGCAAGUAGGACCACACUGCCCAGUCCAACAUCAAGCGUCAACAGUACAUCAGCGUCUUCAUCAUCCUCUUCAAGACUUUUAACGACUGUAAACAUCAAUUCCACCUCUUACCACAGUGUUUCUCCAUCUACCCAACCCCCAGUGUUUGCUCUGGUGACGCUGAAGAUGUCUUGGCAGGACUUCUGCCCCAAGGAGAGGGUGUUCCGAGCAGAUCUGAAGGAUAUCUUCCUUGAGAAGGCUGAUCAGGAUGUGACAACUGAACAAAUAACGUUAAUGAAUAUUGAACAUUAUGAAUGUUUGGACCUAAUGGCAGCCGAGAUGCCUGAUGACAUCAUCAUCAGUUUCUACCUGGUGGACAUAACUGGAAACUACGACCGACGCCUCACCAUAGCCUGUGCCAGAGUUGUCAUCCAAGGCUUCAGUACCAAGGUGGAGUCAUUCUUCAAGGACAAGCUGGUGGAGGUGAAGCUGAAUACUGACCAACCCAGUGAAGGAGGCCACGUCACCCACAUGCCAGAAGAGAAGGGGAGAGAGAGUCUGUUUGUCAUGGAGCCUGGGAUUACUAUUGCCAUAGUUAUUGCCUCUGUGGGGGGAGCUUGCUGUGUGGCACUCAUCAUACUUCAGAUUGUGGUGCGUAAUCGCAACAAGCGGGUGUACCUGCCGGACUCCCGCCAUCCCUCCUUCACCAGCAUGGACUCCAUAGCACUGGCCUCUGUCACCAAGUCUCGCCCCAACAGUGGCCUGUUCAACCCCGGCUUGGACCCUUCAGAGAUGGCAGAGCCUUCAUUCCCUGUGAACUUUGCUGGCCUUGCAAACAGAUGUCUGGAGCCUGAAGUGCUGCAAGAGGAAUUCCAGUUUGUCCCCAACCUGACCCCACGGCUAUCUACAGUUCCUGUGGGUGCGGAGGAUAAAAAUAGAUAUGCUAAUGUCAUUCCAAUUCCUGAAACCAGGGUGAAGCUGAAGAGAAGACGCAGCCAAGCUGCUUCAGAUUAUAUCAAUGCCAAUUUUGUAACGGGUUACAAUGAUGACAAGCGAGCGUAUGUUGCAACACAGGCACCACUGGACUCGACGGUGGCCGACUUCUGGCGCAUGGUCUGGGAACAACAGUCGCGCGUCAUCAUCAUGCUGACUGCAAUGGAGGAAAACGGUCAUCCCAAGUGUGCCCACUACCUGCCGGACUGUCUGGGAGACUCGCUACAGAGGUACGGGGACUUCAUGAUUCUCCUGAAGAAGAAAGAUGUACACCAGGAAUACAUCAUCUCCAUAUUGGAACUCAAGGAUAUUGAGAACAAUCUGGUACGAGAAGUGAAGCACUGCUGGUACACUGCCUGGCCGCAACAUGGCGGCCCGGAGCCUAUAUCCCUGGUCAAGUUCAUCCUGGACACCAGGGUCUUCUAUGAGGACAGUGGGGCGCCGCUUAUAGUGCACUGCAGCCCAGGAACAGGAAGAACAGGAACAUUCAUCGGGACGGACCUCUGCAUGCGUCAAUACGAGAACAGGCGUAUUGUUGAUAUCCUCCACACCGUGUUCCGGCUACGGAAGGAGCGUGCUGGAUCAGUGCAGACGAAGGAGCAGUAUACGUUGAUAUAUAAUGCUCUGAAUGAGUACGCUUCAGUGCUGAGCAGCCCUGCCAUUUCUACAGCCUCAUCAUCAAUGACCUUACACAGUGUGCCCUAAGAUUGUGAACCUACACAAGUGUCUUUAGGACUGUGAAUAUGUGCCCAGGGAAAUGUCAUCAGGACUGUUAAUGUGUGCCCAGGGAAAUGUCAUCAGGACUGUUAAUGUGUGCCCAGGGAAAUGUCAUCAGGACUGUUAAUGUGUGCCCAGGGAAACAUCAUUAGGACUGUUAAUGUGUGCCCAGGGAAAUGUCAUCAGGACUGUUAAUGUGUGCACAGCGAAACUUUAUUAGGACUGUUAAUGUGUGCACAGCGAAAUGUCUUCAGGACUGUUAAUGUGUGCCCAGGAAAAUGUCAUCAGGACUGUUAAUGUGUGCCCAGGGAAACAUCAUUAGGACUGUUAAUGUGUGCACAGCGAAAUGUCAUCAGGACUGUUAAUGUGUGCCCAGGAAAAUGUCAUCAGGACUGUUAAUGUGUGCCCAGGGAAAUGUCAUCAGGACUACAAAUAUGUGCCCAGGGAAAUGUCAUCAGGACUGUGAAUGUGUGCACAGGGAAACAUCAUUAGGACUGUGAAUUUGUGCCCAGGGAAAUGUCAUCAGGACUACGAAUAUGUGCCCAGGGAAAUGUCAUUAGGACUGUUAAUAUGUGCCCAGGGAAACAUCAUCAGGACUGUUAAUGUGUGCCCAGGGAAACAUCAUUAGGACUGUCAAUGUGUGCCCAGGGAAACAUCAUCAGGACUGUUAAUAUGUGCCCAGGGAAACAUCAUCAGGACUACGAAUAUGUGCCCAGGGAAACAUCUUUAGGACUGUGUAUGUGUGCUCAGGGAAACGUCAUUAGAACUGUGAAUGUGUGCCCAGGGAAACUGCAUUAGAACUCUUAAUGUAUGCCAAUGGAAACUUGAUGAGGACUGUGAUUGAGUGCCAAAGGAAACAUCAUUAGAUAUGUGAAUGUUGGAUAUGGAUAUUCGGCUGAUAUUCAUUUACAACUGUGCAUGUAUGGCCAGGGGGAUAUGUUAACUGGCACUGUGAAUGUGCACCAAGGGAAUCAUCAUUUAGGGCUGUGAACAUAUGCCUGGGAAACAUCAUUCAUGGAUUUGAAUGUGCCUCUAAAAGAGUGUGAAUGUGCCCCCAGUGAAACGUCAUUCAUUUGGAUUCUGAAUGGUGUUCCUAGAGAGAUGUUAUCUAGGACUGUGCUCGUAUAAGGUCAGAAAGUAUGGGCACAUAUUCAGAAGGAAAUGCGAUCAUUAGUGACUUGUACUAUAACCAUAGAAUUCCCGGUAAUUUUUGUCAUUAACAAUGUAUCACGUUCCUGUGGGUACCCGGGUCCUUCUCAGUACCCACCCAUCCGAGUGCCUGAGUUACCUGUCCCAGCCCUAGUGCCCAAUACAAUCUCUCCUGUAUGCCCCAGACCUGACAAAGGGCAGAAGAGAAUCAUGUGCCCGAUGUGACUGGACAUGCUAUGCUCAGGGAUUUGACUGUGUAGCUGGACCUGUCCAGUGUGACGUGACAAGGCCAGACCUGUCCAGUGUGACGUGACAAGGCCAGACCUGUCCGGUGUGACGUGACAAAGCCAGACCUGUCCAGUGUGACGUGACAAGGCCAGACCUGUCCAGUGUGACGUGACAAAGCCAGACCUGUCCAGUGUGACGUGACAAAGCCAGACCUGUCCAGUGUGACGUGACAAAGCCAGAUCUGUACAGUGUGACGUGACAAAGCCAGAUCUGUACAGUGUGACGUGACAAAGCCAGACCUGUCCAGUGUGACGUGACAAGGCCAGACCUGUCCAGUGUGACGUGACAAGGCCAGACCUGUCCAGUGUGACGUGACAAGGCCAGACCUGUCCAGUGUGACGUGACAAAGCCAGAUCUGUACAGUGUGACGUGACAAAGCCAGACCUGUCCAGUGACGUGACAAAGUCAUACAGGACUGAUCAUAUAUUUGGGAUAACACUUUCUUAUUAAAGUACAGAUUCUCGUACUUUUUUAGGUUGAGUCCCUGCCAGAGUGAGACACCAAAUCGCCAGCACACAAAGUCAGCAAUCUAACCCACUCAGCCACCAAAGCUUCCACAAAAAUGAAAGUCUGACAACUGGUAAUCUAGAUCUAGUCUAAUAGUACUUAGAUACCCCUCUGACAAAUUGCCUGUUAAUUGGCACGCCUCCCAUGGACGAAAGCUAUGACUGAUCAUAAUCAUCACAAUGGACACAAUGGGUUUGACAAAUAUUUUUUUUUCCCAUGUCCCAGAAAUUAUGACCAUACAGAAUGCUCAAGACUAUUUAUCACAAUAGUUUAUCCUAUGCAAUCCUUCAACCUAAUGUGCCAGUGAAAAAGGUGUGAACGUAACGUGCCCAUUGAAUAAGUGAGUAGACAAUAUGCCCAUUGAAUAAGUGAGUAGACAAUGUGCCCAUUGAAUAAGUGAGUAGACAAUAUGCCCAUUGAAAUAAGUGAGUAGACAAUAUGCCCAUUGAAUAAGUGAGUAGACAAUGUGCCUAUUGAAUAAGUGAGUAGACAAUGUAUCCAUUGAAUAAGUGAGAAGACAAUGUGCCCAUUGAAUAAAUGAGUAGACAAUGUGCCCAUUGAAUAAGUGAGUAGACAAUGUGCCCAUUGAAUAAGUGAGUAGACAAUGUAUCCAUUGAAUAAGUGAGAAGACAAUGUGCCAAUUGAAUAAGUAAAUAGACAAUGUGCCCAUUGAAUAAGUGAGUAGACAAUGUGCCCAUUGAAUAAGUGAGUAGACAAUGUAUCCAUUGAAUAAGUGAUUAGACAAUGUAUCCAUUGAAUAAGUGAGUAGACAA